AUCGACUAGACGGCUCUCGUCGGGUGACGCGCGACGCGUUCAAUUGUCGUCCCAUGUAGAAAAUAGAAAAUCGAUGCAUCGUCUCGGGAAGUGUCGACGGACGAGGACAUGAAAUCUGGAACCGAGAGCAGCCGAUUCCGCGGAAGAAUCUUGAUCGUUCCUCUACCCUGUCACCCACUCAUUCAUUCAUCAAUUAAUUAGGUUCCAUGUCCGCAGGUGUGAAGCGAAAUUCGAAUCAUGCGAUCCCAGCGGCUUUUGGCGCUCAUUUGUGUCAUCGUCACCUCGAUCUGCUGCGUGCAGUUACUGGCCUCGUUUCUGAGCUCAACGGAGCCCGACGAGUUCCGUCGACCGUUGGGCAAGUCGCUAAAAGCUCUCACGGCAACGCCGAAAAUGACUGUACAUAGAGUAAAUCAGAACUUGUCGAGUAAUGAUCUCAUGUUGGCUGUGAGGCAGAGGAAGCGAACAUCAGUUGAAAAAUCUUCAGAACCCUACCGAAGGCUUCGACCUGGGGGAGCUCUAAUUCAAGAAACGAAGAAACUCAGCAAUGGAACGACCGUCGGCUGGAUUCCCGCCUAUAAUCGAACAGUGUUCAAAUUACUGCAUGCUUCACCCCCAUGCAAGGCGGAGGAUGUUUACGUCGCUGUCAUUGUGAGCGGCGGAAAAAAUUUUCUCCGGCGACAGGCGAUUCGAAAAACUUGGGGAUCCCAGCUGAAGACUGUUUUCGUCCUUGGCGCGAACGAAACCGUGAACCCGGAUUUAGAGACGGAGGCAAUAAGGUACAAAGACAUCGUACAGGCAGAUUUCCGGGAGGGUUACUACAAUUUGACCUAUAACACCAUAACCGCACUCCGGUGGGUGACCAUGUACUGCCCGGCCGCGGAAUAUAUCAUUAAGGGUGACGACGAUUCGUGGUUCAAUAUCGAUCUCCUCAAGACAGAGGUUGCCAUAAGAGCGGAGGAUCCAAUGAUAUUGGGGAUGCUCUUCGUGAAUGCAGCUCGCAACGUAAAGAGUAGUUCGAAAUGGUACACACCGAACGAAGUGCUUGCCCAGAAAACUUAUCCGAAAUUCGUCUCGGGAGCUGGACUCACAGCUAAAACGUUUUUUUUCCCUCACAGCUAUGUGGUGACCCGAACCGCAGCGACGCUUCUCUACAAGAAACUACUGAUGGAACCUCUCAUUCUAAACUUAGAAGACCUCUUUAUAACGGGAUUCCUCGCGAACGAAAUCGGUAUCGAGCGGAAGAAAAUCCGAGAAUUCUACAAUCACCGAUUCCCGAAGAAGCAGGUCAACGGCUGCACGUACGGGCAGUUACUGCAAAGUCAUGAAAUCUCGCCCAGUGAAAUGAUGAAACUCUGGAAAGAUAUCCGGAAUCCUAACUUGAGAUGCUGACUGCGAUCGGCGCAAGCCAAAGAUGUGCCAACGACAAAGCGAUGUGAUAUAUUUUUCAGAAUAAAUGCUCUUGUGAAUAGAUUCCCUGUUGAGGAAGGAAA